UUCUUGAUAAGAUCUCGGAUAAUACUUAACCGAAUCAUACCAUCAAUCAUUACUGGUCAUGACUCCAUCCAUGUGCAAUUCCUGGAUCGUAUCCACAUGGAUGUCCAUAUUUCUGUUGGGAUCAACAAUAGGGAGUACAAAUCAUAGAGACGACCAGAUAGUGAAUUGAGGAUGUAUCCUCUGCACAACAGGCUACCAUCAUUCCUUUUCUUGCGUUUUGCCGUCAAUUCUUCAGAAUCAGUGUCUUGUGGUUCAGGAUGCGGCUCCAAAUCGGAAUCUAGUAUAUACAUGAUCUUCAAAUCAGUAAAAAAAAAAUCAUCUUCAUCUUGCCUA